CCCAAGUGGUAUUUCAAGUUUCGCGGCGAGUUGAGUUUAAAGUACGUAGUAGUGUGUACGCGUGAAGUGUGUCGACUGUCUCUAUAGUUACUACUUUUACAAUUAUUGCGACUAAAUAUUUUCUUUUUUAGUUCCUGACUCCUUUAAACAGUACAUAAAGUUACCGGCUCUCUAUAAUUAACUGUAAACGAAAUGGCUUCGAGAGAUCCGGCGUCAGACCAACUGAUAAACUACAAGAACUCUGUUAAGGGUGCCCCCUCAUACAUAACAACUAAGUUUGGUGCUCCGGUAGGAGUCCAGUCUGCCAUUCAGACAGUUGGAAAGAAAGGACCAUCACUUUUACAGGAUGUCCACUUCUUGGAUUUAAUGUCCUCAUUUGACAGGGAGCGCAUUCCUGAGAGAGUUGUACAUGCAAAAGGAGGUGGAGCAUUCGGAUACUUUGAAGUAACACAUGAUGUGACCAAAUACUGUGCAGCCAAGGUUUUUGAAACAAUAGGCAAAAAGACACCAAUUGCAAUAAGAUUCUCAACAGUGGGAGGAGAAAGUGGAUCUGCCGACACUGUGAGAGAUCCUCGUGGUUUUGCUGUUAAAUUCUACACUGAUGAUGGUAUUUGGGAUUUAGUUGGUAAUAACACUCCAAUCUUUUUCAUCAGGGAACCAACUCUAUUCCCCAGCUUCAUUCACACACAGAAGAGAAAUCCAGCAACACAUUUAAAGGAUCCAGACAUGUUCUGGGACUUUAUGACUCUCAGACCUGAAACCAUGCAUCACUUAAUAUACAUGUUUGGUGACCGUGGCAUACCUGAUGGCUUUAGAUUCAUGAAUGGAUAUGGGUCUCACACAUUCAAAAUAAUCAACUCCCAGGGUGUACCACACUGGGUAAAAUUCCACUACAAAUCAAAUCAAGGCAUCAAAAACUUACCAGCUGACAAAGCAGCCGAAUUAGCUUCCAGUGAUCCUGACUACUCUAUAAGAGACUUAUAUAACGCCAUUGCCAAAGGAGAGUUUCCCACAUGGACCUUAUACAUCCAAGUGAUGACCAUGGCUCAGGGAGAAAGUUGCAAAUUUGAUCCAUUUGAUUUGACAAAGAUCUGGCCUCAUAGCGAUUACCCUCUCAUUCCAGUGGGUAAGCUGGUUCUAGACCGGAAUCCCAAAAACUAUUUUGCGGAAGUGGAACAGAUCGCGUUCAGUCCAUCGAACCUGGUGCCGGGUAUUGAACCAUCACCUGACAAAAUGCUGCAAGGGCGGCUGUUCUCUUACAGCGACACACACCGACACCGUUUGGGUGCGAACUACCUGCAGAUUCCGGUGAACUGUCCGAUGGCGGUGCGAAUGAGCAAUUAUCAGCGCGAUGGGCCUAUGAAUACGAGCGACAACCAGGCGGGCAGCCCCAAUUACUUCCCCAACUCAUUCUCGGGACCGCAGGAGUGUCCGCGUGCUGAGCGUCUUCAGCCACGAUACCCGGUGACGGGAGACGUCGUCCGCCACGACUCCGGCUUCACCGAGGAUAACUUCUCUCAGGCUUCGGAGUUAUACUCGCGUGUGUUCGACGCGGCCGAACGCGAGCGAUGCGCGCAGUACCUGGCCGAACACAUCAAGGACGCGGCCGCUUUCAUCCAGGAGCGCGGACUCAAGCUGUUCACGCAGGUGCACCCGGACCUUGGCGCCAAGGUGGCAGCCAAACUGGCGCCCUAUAAGAAAUACCACGCUAACUUGUAAAUUUUAUGAUAUAUUGUAUAACUAGCCGUCCACUUCGAGACGCAACACGAUCAUCGGUUAACACUAUCUGUGUUAUUUAUCAUAUCUUUUUGUAGCACUUCACGGUAAACAACUCGAAAGGAUGGUUAGAAUAUUCAAUGGGUGCUAUUUUUUAUUAACCUUUACAAUUUAUUAGGUAUAAGUAUGGUAUACAAUAUUAUUAUUCUGUAUUCGUUUUCAUAAUAAUUAUUAAUGAGAAAUCUUAAAGACUUGUAAAUUAAAUAAAAUUUACUAGAAA